AAACCAGCCAACUCGCUGUACUUGUUGACCCUCUGAUCGAAGGACAUAACAAAGCAGCGCGAAGUCACGUAGACCAAGACUGAAAUCCAUUGAAUUGCACGGAGGGCAUGAACUACUAGCGUUAACGUUGCUAAAAUCUGCUUUCAACGUAUUCGUGAGUUUUUGUAAUACGAUGGCACUUCAAAUAUUCGGCGUGCCUCUUAUGGGCACCAUGUUUGUUCCUGUUUUGUCCGUCUUUAUCCUGCUGUUCGUCGUGAGCCAAUUCGUGGCAGCGGACAGUCGUGCCUCAGCAGAGAACGCGUCCAAACUUAAGAGCACAGUCCACACACAGGAGACUUCGCCUACAAAUCUUGAGAAACAGAGAAAUGCAGAGGAAACUUCAGAUAGUCCACGAUUGAGCGAGUCAUCAUCACAAUUGACUGGAGACAGCAGCUGCGAUGACAGCAAUGGCGCCGACAUAAAAAAGAAGAAGAAAAAGAAGUCGUGCUGCGGAACGAAGGGUGCCUGCUGCAAGAGCAAGAAGAAAAACUCUGAUAGCGAGGCUUCUGCUGAGGAUGGCGAGAAGAAAUGUGGUUGCUCAUGUGGAUCAAAGAAAGAGGGAGAGGCAUCAAGCUCAGAGAGUAGCGAUGUGGACUAUCAAUCAGAGGUGUUAGACGUUGAAGAUUUAGCCGGAUUGAUGACUGGUUUCCCUGAAGCAGAAAAGAGAGAGAGAGUAAAUGGAGUGCCUGUUGGCAAAGUCAGACUGAGAGUUAAAGGCCGCCUAAAUCAGGUUAACAAGGUUAGCCCUGCAGCUAACUGACGCGACAAACCUCCUUCAUGCUGAUACGAAUAAAUUCUUGAAUACUUGUAGGACUUAACUGCCAACUUAUCCGCUUAGAAUUUGUAGGUUUAAGACUGCUCUAUGUAUGACUAUAUUUGACACCAUAAUAUGAAAAUGCUUUUUUUGCAUUCAAUGACUGAAUUUAAGAGUUUCACAAGAAUUUAUGUUUCUUACAAAAAUACGUUCGAGUUCCAGCACGCACCAUGUAUACUAGAUGUGUAGUAUGUAGGAAAUUCUGUAUCAUAGGUUUUCUAAUUUAUUGUGAGUUUAAAGUGACUGCAAUUUUUUAGUGCACAGUGAGUUUAAAAAUGUGCCAAUGUUAUCUCAGUAUGUAUAUAAUUUUCUUAAGCAAUUAUUGUAAGUUAAAAUAAAGUGGCGAUUUUUAAAUCAAA